CGACUGCCACAUUCACGACUCGGGGUCAUUGCUGUUCUCAUUACUGCCAGAUGAAGGUAUAUAAAGAGCUUGGCUGGGAAUGCCACGAAUGUGGAUAUAUCACGAAGAAAGAUGACGCAUAUGCGGUUAAAAAGGGACUUCGAGCCACUAAUGAUUGAACUAGCCUCACGGCCGCCGGCAGCCAUCUCGAAAAACUAUCUCUAUGACUUUCUUUAUCCGCAAUGGUUUGUUCUCGACGCAGCCGCAGCUCGGGAUAACAUAACUCUGCAACCACAAUGCGAGAAGGCAAUCUGGCGGCACGAUAUCGACUUUCCCGGUGGGUAUAUCAUUCCUCGCCGACGCGAAUAUCUGCUCAAGCCCUUAGCAUCGGUUGAUUCGUACUCGUCACGUCAAGUACGGUUGCUAUCGUCGACAUCUCAGGGCAGGCUUGAUCCAUACCUUCGAGGUCCAGGCAAAGUCUCUGUAGGCGAUAUUACGUGUCAUUUUAAGGCAUGGGAGCCUAGGCGUUGAAAGCAAGGAGCAACAUACCAUGAGCUACAAGCGUAUCAGAAUAUUGCAAACGCUAUCCCCGAGAGAACGCUGCUACAUGAUGUUCGCGUCUCCCGUUUACACGGCGUGGUCGUCGACCACGAUAACGACCUCCCUCAACACUUUCCCCCUGCCGAGCAUAGCCCUGCCCCUGGCAAACGGUUGGUAAGGAUCCUCCUUCCUUAUAUUGAGAACAAGAGCACGUUACAUCUUACAGCACCAAGGUCUGAUAUUACUAAGAAUUAUCGACUUCGUUGGGCGGACGAGCUCGAGAUUCUUAUCCGAAUGUUACAUAGUGCUGGACUGGUACGGGGCGAUGCUAAACCCCACAAUGUCUUAGUUGAUACGAUGGACAAUCAAUCUCUGGCUCCUUGACUUUGGUGGCAGUUUCACUCAAGGCUGGGUUGAUUAGGGGAAGCGGGAUACUGCCGAGGGAGAUUUGCAAGGGUUGGAAAGAAUCAAGAACUGGCUCACACUGGAAAUGCGCACGACCUGCAAUGUAAUUAUAUCGUAAACGAUUCACCGAGGCAAACACCGCUUCGCUUCCUGGACACUAUGCUCAUCAUGCGGCAGCAGGCGACGGGGUAGCGGUGCCCUGGCAUGAACAAACGUACAUGAUCCGCCACCGGUCCAUUACGCUUUAGAUACUACAAGCCUUUAGCAACAAAAAGAGAAAUAGUCAUUUCUCUCUCGUAUGCAGCCUAUAAUAUAUUCCUCUGCCUCAUUGUCGC